UUUUAUUGGCCUCAACAACGCUGGUAAGAGUACAUUGCUAAACCGUCUUAAAACAGAACGUGAAAAAUUAUCUAAAAGUGAUAUUGGACCUACGAUUGGAUUUGCAGUUGAUAAAUUUGCUUCAAACUUUUUUCAGCCCAUCCAAUACCCAGCCAAAUUAGAAAUUGAUCUCAAAAAAAUCUUGUUGGAUUCUACACAGCCAAUAAUGUACUUUACUUUUGAUUUUAUUAGUGAUCUUUGAAUUUUUGCCAAAGUGUUCAAAUUUAACAAUUAAUGAAUCACCAACACGCAGUCGCAUAAAUAUAAUUGCCUUGCAUAUCAAAUGCUGAUGCUUAACUCCAUAUCAAUCGGAUCUGCUAAAUUCACUAGAGGCUAUCGUAAAUGGUAUCGCAUCAACACCUUCAGGGAAAUUACGAAAUUAGCUCAGAAAAUGAUCUUCAGCAUGUUUGUCGAGCAUUAAACAAUUAGGCAACUAGUUUCUUCUGAUGCAAUACGAAAAUAUAGUUCAUCGUUCCAAAAGAUCGUUUCUGGUUGCGUAGCAGACUUUCCUUUAUAGGGAUAUUUUCAUUCAGAUCAUCUUGAAAACAUUCACAAAUUAUUUAAUCUGUGUCGAAAAAUAAUUCGUCAAUUGUUUUUUCAAACAUUUGAUACAACGGAGAUUGAAUUAAAAACUGGAGCCAAAAUUUUAUUUUAAGUUUCUCAACUAUAUCAAUCAAAUAGCUUGAUUUGUGAGUCAUUUUUUGUUUUAUAUGAAUGUUGAUACAAUGGUCAUCAUCUAAAUUUCGAGGAAGGUUUAUUAUUAUGGUAUCAAUAAAGACUGGUGUAUUUAUAAUUUAUCCGUAAAUGCCAUAUUGACCUUUUACAUGUCUUAACCUCCUAAUAUGCAUUGUCUAACUUAUUUUCACUAACAUAACUUCAUUGCAUUGAAAAAUUAGUCUUUUCAAAACCAAGUAUAAUAAUGGUAAUUAGUCAUUAGCCAUUGAGGGGAACUUAUUUUUAUUUAUUGAAGAUCGACACGUGUUGCACUAAUCAAUAUUUUUCCUUGGAAUAUUUGCUAUGAUAGUACUCGAGAAUUUUUUAUGCAGUGUAGAGGAAAUUCUUAACUCGCUUAUGAACUACAAUCUAUCACACGCAGGAUAAACAUGACCAUAUGGAUAAAUGAUAACAAUGUCAAGUUUGCUGUCCAUGACAUGUCUGGUCGAGAUGCAUAUAGGAGUAUGUGGGAAACUAUGUAUAAUCAAUGCGAUGCACUGGUAUUCGUCAUAGAUAGCACUGAUCAAAUGCGUUUAGCAGUAGUCAAAGAUGAAUUAGAUAUGGUACUUGGACAUGUUGAUGUAGUGGAUAAGCCUCAUAUACCAAUAUUAUUCAUAGCUAGUAAAGCAGCCUCAUCAGAUUCUUGUAGUGUAACUACAAUAGCAGCUGCAUUACGUUUGCAAGAGGAUAUUGGACAGACACGACCGUGGCGAUUAGCUAGUACUGACAUAUGUAUUAGUCAUGUAGAAGAAGACGGGUUACCUGAAGCUAUGGAUUGGCUAUCUGAACAAAUAAAAUAUACUGUUCAUUAAUACAUAACAUAAUAUUCACUUGACUUUCAUAUGCUCAAAACAUUACAUUAAAUUUGUUUUUGUUAUAAAAGUAUUAUUGUAUUGUUUUAUCACUAAGAUGGUUAUGUAUAUUAUUACUUAGGUGAUCCCAAUGUCAUAAAUACUAUAUGAAAUAAUUAUAUUAGAGUAAGAAUG